AAUAAUAAUUAACACUCCAAAUACAAGUCCGAUUCCACUGGAAAUCACAAACUUGAUAGUUCAAAAGAUGGCGCAAGAACAGGAGUGCAGGCCAAACACCAAAGAUUCAAAGUUUGAUACCUACUUUGAAACCAUCCAAUCCAGGAAGAAAUUGCCAGAGACAUUGCAGGAGUCACUGACAGAUGCAUUUGCAAAAAUUCCUGUUUCUUCUUUUCCCAAAGUUCCUGGAGGAAAAGUGAUUGAAAUUUCAGCAGACUCAUCAGUUGGCGAAGCCGUGAAGAUUCUGUCUGAAAGCAACAUAUUAGCAGCUCCAGUUAAGGACCCAAAUGCAGGAACCAGUUCAGAUUGGAGGAACAGGUAUCUUGGCAUCAUUGACUAUUCAGCUAUCAUUCUCUGGGUGUUGGAGAGUGCGGAACUUGCUGCAAUUGCCAUAUCGGCUGGCACAGCAACGGCUGCCGGAGUUGGCGCCGGAACUAUUGGCGCUCUGGGAGCACAGGUGGCGUAGCUGCAGAUAAAGGAAUAGGUAAAGAUGCUCCCCUAGCUGCUGCUAAUCUGGGGGAGGACUUCUAUAAAGUACUACUGGAAGAAGAACCAUUCAAGUCAACAACGGUGCGAUCAAUACUUAAAUCAUAUCGAUGGGCACCUUUUGUUCCAGUUGCAACAAAUAGCGUUAUGUUGACCGUGCUGCUGCUGCUUUCAAAGUAUAGGCUGAGGAAUGUACCCGUCAUAGAACCAGGCAAACCUGACAUAGUAAACUUCAUUACUCAGUCUGCAGUUGUUCAAGGACUUGAAGGUUGCAGAGGAAGAGAUUGGUUUGACUGCAUCGCAGAUAGGUCUAUAUCAUUUCUCGGACUCCCGUUUAUGUCUUCUGAAGAGGUUAUUUGCAUUCAGAGCAAUGAAUUGGUUCUUGAAGCUUUCAAGCUUAUGAGAGAUAAUCAAAUCGGUGGUCUUCCUUGUGUACAGAAGCUUACUGUGAAUGAUUUCAUGAACAAAAUUGCCGCAGCAACCCAAGAAACUGGAAAAAUUGCGCGGCCCAUAACAUGCAAGCCUGAUGCGACGCUGGGGAGUGUGAUCCAUACACUUUCUUCUCAGUCUAUUCACAGGAUUUAUGCAGUAAAUGAGCAGGAAGAACUGGUUGGAGUUAUCACUCUGAGAGAUGUAAUCUCUUGUUUCAUCAAUGAACCAUCUUACCAUUUUGACGAUUACUAUGGCUUUGCAGCUAACGAGAUGUUGAAUCACUGA